GAGGCCAAACGUAUUGAAAGCUUCCAGGAGAUGGCGCCAAAUGACUUGGAAGCAAAACAAUAAAGAAACGGACUAACUAAUGCAGUAUGGUAAACAUUAUUACUCUGGUAUUUAAGGAAAGGAAGCAUAUGUUAAGCAAAGUGUAAAAGAAAAUCUGAAGAACGAGGUUUAGUUAAAGAAGAAUACCAUCAUAUAAAUUGACAAUAGAUGGCGGUAACGCCCACUAAAUGCCAAGAACCGUACUAAAAACAAACGACGAAGAAGAGUCACUGAAAUGGAUGGGCGGGACAAACAAACAGGCGAUGUCAACAAAAUAGCUGUCUGUCUAUCCGCUGGAAACAAUGUUUGAUUAAUUUAACACGAUACCACCAACCGGUUCCUUGCAUUAACAGUCUAUGGUUCCGCGUAAAGAUGAGUUCAUUUGCAGGUCGAAUGAAGGAGUAUCCCACCCUUUCUCUGGACCGGUUCGACCGGGAGAACUUACAUUCCCGGGCAUAUUUCCUCUCCCACUGUCACAAAGAUCACAUGAAAGGACUAAAAGGACCAAUACUGAAGAGAAAACUGCAGUUCAGUCGUACAGUCAGGCUUUACUGCUCCUUCGUGACCAAAGAACUUCUGCUGAGCAAUCCCAAGUACGCUUUCUGGGAGGAAUACAUUGUUCCUUUAGAGCUAGAGAGCCCAACUCAGAUUUCUCUGGUUGAUGAGGCAUCUGGAGAGAAAGAAGAGAUUGUGGUCACGUUGCUUCCUGCAGGCCACUGCCCCGGCUCUGUUAUGUUCCUGUUUGAGGGUUCCCGUGGAAACGUUCUGUAUACAGGAGACUUCAGGUUGGCUGCUGGCGACGUCUCUAGAAUAGAACAUCUGCACUCUGGCAGCAGAGUGAAGGAUAUUCAGAGUGUUUAUCUGGACUCUACUUUCUAUGACCCACGAUUCUACCAGAUUCCUACUAGGGAGGUCUGUCUGAACGGUAUCUCAGAGCUUGUUGGGAACUGGAUCAGUAAGAGUUCAUAUCAUGUUGUGUGGCUCAACUGUAAAGCUGCGUAUGGAUAUGAAUACCUGUUUACCAACCUGGGAGAGGAGUUCAACACACAGAUUCAUGUCAAAAAUCUGGCGAUGUUCAAGAAGAUGCCGGAGAUCCUGAACUACGUGACGACUGACCGAAGGAACCAGAUCCAUGCCUGUCGACACCCUACGGAUGAGGAGUUUUUCCAAGGCAGCCGACUGCCGUGUGGCUGCACAGCGUCUGACGGGACUCCUCUUAGUAUCAUCAGCAUCAAACCGUCCACCAUGUGGUUCGGAGAGAGAAUGAAGAAAACCAAUGUUAUAAUAAAAACAGGAGCCAGUUCCUUCAGAGCCUGCUUCAGUUUUCACUCCUCCUACUCAGAGAUUAAAAACUUCCUCUCCUACCUCCAGCCAGUCAACAUAUACCCCAGUGUUAUCCCUAUUGGUCGGACCCUCACUGAGGUUACGCAGAUGUUGAAGCUGAUGUGUAGAAACCAGUCUGAUCAAGCAGCAUCCAUAUACAAACCUCUGGGAGUCCUCAAACGCGGCAUAGUGGAGCAACCUACAUACGGGAAACUAGUUGUUUCAACUAUGUUUGGGAGGUCUUUCCAGGGGACAACAAUCAUUCAUUCAGAAUCAGAACAGGAUUUAUUGCCAAAUUCUGACAGCGAUGACGGGCUGUUUGAGCAGCUGGACCUGGCACCAGUGAGGAAGAAGAUGGCGCUAAACCGAGACACAAAAAACGUGAAAGCUCCGAGUCCUCAGAAGACAGCGGCCCCUGUGUCUGUGGAGGAGUCUUUCCCUCUGACGGUCGCAGGCGCGCAGCCUGUUGCUCGCAACUAUGUGGACUGCACCGAGUCCAAUGAUGAAGAGGAAGAUGAGGGGGGGGAGGAUGAGGAGGAGGAGAAUGAGGGAAAGGAGGAUACAAAACUGACAAAGGAGGAGUUGAACAGGACGAUAAAGGGAACUGAGAAAAAGGUGAUUGAGGUCGAAGGAAGUGGCUCCUCUAAUCCUCCGAAAUGGCAGGACUUCUUCACUACGGAAACGCUGACUGACAGCCAGAACAGCCUCACCAGCCAAUUACAGUCCUGCUGCUCUGUCCCUAGCUCCUCCCCCUCUAAAACGACUGGUUCACAGACCCCAGAUCUGUUCAGCGAUGAGGAGGAGACCCCCGAUAACUUCAGUCUGACCCUGUCCGCCUCUCUGUCAAAUCAUUCCUCCCAGAACCAGGACUCGUAUUUACCUGACACUCUGAUCCUCCAAACAGAGCAGAGGGGGCGGGAACAAGGAGACUUGAGGACCAAUACCAUUUCUCUGGAGAAGGAGAUCAACGGCCAAAACAUCCAAUCAGAGCUGGAGGAGCUCUCAGAGUCUCAGGCCUCGUCGGACUUUGAUAUUCCCUGCACGCCAGAGUCAAAAAUACCACAAACUGAUGAACUGUCGCAGUUGUACAGGAAGCUGGCGUCAGGAGACGAAGUUGUCAUCAGAAAGGGAAGUCAGGGCUCCAUGUGAAGGAAUGUUAAAGGACAUUUUUGGUGGAUUUAAUCCACCUAUAUGCUGUAAGAUUACUGGUUUAUGUGUGUGAUAAGCACAUAAUGAGCUUCUAUAAUACCUCCCACGCCUUAAAGUGAGACCAUUCCUCUCCAGUCUCAGUCGAACCUCCAAACCACACAAACCUCAGUAUGUAAAGCAACCCACACAACAUUUAUUCCACUGCACUUUAAGUUCCCCGGUGCCCUACAUACAUUAAUUCACCUGUGCACUGCACAGCUGACGUUCCAUUUUUGUUGACAGUUUGUGGUUUGUUCUGUUAAACGCAUCAAGGAUCAAGUAGGUGACGUUUUUUGUAUCAAAUCAGAAAUCUUUGUUUCCUGAACCAAAUUAAAAGUAUUUCAAAUAAACAGCAAUUUUGUAAAUGCA